AUGCGUAGCAAGCAACAAACGUUGGUACUUCCCGAAGAAGAUCUGCGCCAACCGCCAUUGUCCAGCUCUCGCAAUCUGCAGCUUAGCAAUCAUCUUCAGAAUUUGGUCCACGCGAGUAAAGAGCUAUCGACCGUGAAGACGAGGCCGACGACACCCGUCCUGGCGAACGACGGAGGGGGCGGCUUCUGGCUGGCCACGGUGGCCACGGGGGCAAGUACCCCAGCCGGGCUGCCCCCGCACGGAACUCAUCAUCCAGUCAUGGAUCCAACAUGUGGAUCCGCCGAAACCGGCUUCAUCAAUAGUCAGCCCUCCAUGGCUGAAUUCAUGACGGCAUUGCCACAAUUAGCUGGGGAUAGUAGCCUAGCACACUCGCCGGGAACCGGUGGUUCCAUCAGUCCUGGUGCUCAUCAUCCUGCGUAUCAUACCAUGAUGGAUCCCCAUGGUGUCGCUGACCCGUCGGGUGUCAACGUUCCUGAGUAUCCCUGGAUGAAAGAAAAGAAAACUACUAGGAAAAGUAAUCAGCAAGAGAACGGUCUACCAAGAAGAUUACGAACAGCUUAUACAAAUACGCAACUUCUCGAGCUAGAAAAAGAGUUUCAUUUCAAUAAAUAUCUUUGUCGACCACGAAGGAUAGAGAUCGCAGCUUCAUUGGAUCUUACGGAAAGACAGGUAAAAGUUUGGUUUCAAAAUCGACGAAUGAAACACAAGCGGCAAACACUUAGCAAGGAAGACGGAGACGAAAAGGAUGGCUCCACUUCGGACGGCAUGGAAAAACCUAAGAGUGACAAAAUGUUAUCAGCUGAUGAUGAAAAGAAGAGUUGUCAUAACUGUGAUAUUUCGGGUGUGGGCGAUGUCGGAAGCACUCUUACUGGCGAUGUUACCGAGUUAGGUUCUUCCGGUCGAAGAAACAGUAACAACAAUAAUACCCCUGGUGCGACUAACAACAAUAAUAACAACAACAACAGUAAUCCAGGCUUUAAUACGAAUAGCAAUGGUGCCAGCAGCGUCGGCAGUACUAACAGUGUGUCCAGCUCGUUCGAAAAGAUGAUAGUGGACGACGAUUCGAGAUCGCAAGAUGGAAGUGAAGUGACAUCGCCGAGCGUGACGAAAAAAUUGUCGGGUGAAGUGAGAGUGAAGGUUGAGAGUGGUCACAAAAGUCCGAACACAGCGAAGCAACAACAGAUCUCAGUGAGCAAGAAAUCGCCAUCGGCCAGCACGAAGGACAUGUGUUCGGUGAACAGCAACGGUGUGCUAUUAGCUAUGCCGGACUCGACGGUCAGCACGCCGGUACUACCGGGUCAGAAUUCCACGAGGAGCCUAACGCCGUCCUCGACCCCCGGUACUCCCGUUUCCGUCCAGCUUCAGCAAGGCAGCCCCCUCGGUAUCCAGCAAGCGGCUCACACAGCUUACAUGCAGAGACCGCGAAGCUCACCGUCCUCCACGACGUCCUUGCCAGGCCCGAUGUUGCACGCCCCUACAAAUCCAGGAACGAUGUCGCCGCACGGUGGCCGAAACAUCUCGAACAGCCAGCAAGCACAUUUCCAACAGCAAGGCGUAUAUCAGCCCACGUCGACUAUUGAUUAUCGAAACGGCGUACCCGCAAAUAGACAGAGUAUACCUACGGCGUCGCAACAAACUCAGUCGCAAAAUAGUUACUGCACCAGAGAUUCAUAUCAACAACCAAGAAUCUCUUAUCCAAGUGAGGUGAAUUCUCUAUACGUUAGACAAAAUCAAGCGGUGGGCUCGAGAGUAGCGCAUCACGUGAGAGCAACGGGCACGGCAUCAAGAUCAAUGUACGGUGCCAAUAUGCAGUUUCAUCAGCAACAGUUGCAGUACGGUAGUACCGGAGAGUAUAACGGAUAUCCUCAAGCUGGACCACCUUAUCACGCUUAUCAUAGAGGUAUGCAAGGUACCAAUGCGUACAAUUCCGGUCAGGGAUACUCGGCGACGCAGAAUGAGCAGAGCACCGACGGCUAUAUGACGCCUGGAAAUUACGGUUAUUCGACCGGCAGUAAUUAUCAUGGAACCGGCGAGAAUCUAGCGACACACGGACACGCUGCUGUAUCCGCGCAAACCGGACAGCAUUAUUUCAAUGAUAUCCAACAACAGCAACAACACCCACAACAACAUACCGCCGAGGGCUAUGUCACUCAUCAGCCGCCAAUGCAUCCAAGUUCCGGCGACUACCGACCCGGGAACAAGUGUCACCCGGGCGCGUAUUAUGAGCAGACCGCCGGUCAGCUGCACGUUCAUCAGGGCGGCGAGGCUUCCAGCAUCCCAAAUAGUUACGUAUCGUCGCCCGAUCCGUUUCCGGCGCCUGGCAUGACGACAACCGCGACGGCAAUCGCAGCUGCUACCGCAGCAGUUAUUACGCCACCCGGAAGCGCCGGCCAGACUGACGGUAACAACGAAUCCUAUGGCAAUUAUGGGAAUUUCUACGGCGAGCCGGUACACACCGCCGCGGCUCCGCCGCCAUCCGCUGACAACAGCAAUAGCUCGUCCGAUUUCAACUUCCUCAGCAACCUGGCGAACGACUUCGCGCCCGAGUAUUACCAGCUCAGCUGAGUUCACGAGACCGAGAAUCCUUGCCAGCUGGAUUGGGGCGAUGAGCAAUGUCUACUCAACGCUUUAUAUUGAAGCUAACACAUCUACGU